AUGCCUACACCGACAAUCAUCUCCGCUGAAACUCGCAGAUUCCCUCCAAUCUCCUAUACAGAUCAGUCUUCCGGUACUCCCGUGCAGUACAAAGUCGUCGAACAGCGCCGUACGGUAUACAUGGCUUCCAACGUUCCUCCAGACCAAUUGGAUCCGCAGGUCAUGGAACAGUUUCUAAGUGUACCCGAUGUUCCUGGCCAAGGCUACCCCACUGUACCGCCUAUGCAUCACCGGACUAUUUCACUGCAGGAGGCUGACCGUCGGCAAGGAGGAUGGGAAGAUCUAGCUCCUCAGCCGUCCCCGACGUGCUCAGAGCCUGCUCCUGACCAACGCAAGAAUACACGGCCUUCUCUGCUGAAGAAAACGAAACCGAAGCCACAAUUUACGAGCACCUCACCGAUUACACCAACCAGUCCGCAACGCUCUCCCCAUACGCCCCGAGCACCGGCUCGCAUUCUGUUCUACAACAAGGACCAGCCUCACUAUGGGUUCACGAACUUCUCCACGCACUCUGUUCUCUACAACAACAAGUCGUAUCCAACGAGCGAGCAUCUCUUCCAGUCAUUCAAGUUCCAGAAGCACAGGCCGCUUCUUGCUGAGCACAUAAGGACGUGCUCUGACCGGCCCAGCGUCGCAUUCUCGGAGGCUCGUCGCUUUCAUUCAGAAGUCCGCAGGGACUGGCUUUCCGUCAACAUUGCGAAGAUGGACGAGACCUUGUGGCACAAAUUUACGCAGCACCGCGACCUCAUGGAGGAGCUGCUUGCAACCGGCGACGCUGAACUCGUCGAGCGAUGCCAUUCAAGGCCGAAGAAUACCGGCCACGAAUACUGUAGCAAGACAUGCGCUGCGACAGCGAAUACCGCCACACAGGCAUCGACUGAUAGCCAGCCUAUGAUGACCACCGCCAACAAUGUUACACCUACCGGCGUGCCCAGCCAGACCGCGUCGAAACCCGUGCACCACAUCCAAAUGAGACAUGUUCCCCAUGGACAUGCUGCGCAACUGCUUGGGGAAACAAAGGCGCCACAGACCACGCAGUUGCAGUCGGCCACUCAGCGCUCCGGGGCACAGGUACCCUACAUUAUCAAAGGUGCAUCUGCAGCAUCGACUGGCAUCACAGCUGUCUCCAACCGCACAGUUCGGGCUACUCCUCCGGCUGCUUCACUUCCGGUCGUGGCGCCGGCGCCGUCGUUCAAUGUACCACCCGUCGCCGGCCAACAGCCCACUCACCGUGGUGUUGCAGUCCCGGUGCAUCCCCUGCCUCCCUCGACAUGCUCCCUGCCGAGUUGUAGUCGGCCGGCUCAUGUCAACAGUGACGGAUCCGUGAGCGGAUAUUGCACAAUGAACCACCGAGAGGAAGCCGUCACCAGUGGGGCCGUUCCGGGCUGCAUUAUGUGUGGAAAGUAUCCGCAGAGUGCCACCGACUACUUCUGCAGCACCACUUGCAGGGAGCAAGCGUUGAGGAAGUAA